AUGCCGCUUGUGCUUCAAGGAAGUUUUCGAUCAAAAGUUUACUUGUCUUUGGAUGAAAGAGGAUCAGAAUUUGUGUGCUUAAAAUGUGAAAACAAAAUAAACAAUUUACGUCAGUUCAAGAGGAAAAUAAACGAAAACCAUAAAUAUUUUGAGAAGUUGAGCAGCCUGACAUAUAACAUAGCCAACAACGAGAACUUCAUAAAAACUGAACCAGAACUGAUUUUAUCAAAGGAAUCUACUCUCAAAGAAUUCAUACAAAGAACUCGUAAGGCGAAGCAUAGAAAAAAUUUUAAUAAGCUAGAUUUGAAUGUCAAAGUCGUCCUCGAAGAUAUUUUUUCUGACUUCAAAAAUUCCAAUGAAAAAUGUAGCUUGUGUUUCAAGGAAGUUUUCUAUCAAAAGUCAAAAAUACAUUUGACAGAUGAUAUAAAAGACAAGAUCUAUUCUAUCUUGCAAAUUAACUUCUCUGUGGGUGGAACAGGAUCAGAAUUUUUAUGCUCAAAAUGUGAGAACGAAAUAAAGAACUUUCAUCGGUUUAAAGAGAUGAUAUAUGAAAAGCAGAAAUAUUUUAAAAUGUUCAGCAGCAUGAAAAAGGAUAAAAUCAACGAGGAACUUACGUUGACAUUUAAUGAGCAACUCGUAAAAUCUGAACCGGAGCUGUCUAUAAGCUCGGAGUGUGAAAGUUCUUUCUUCAGUAACGGAGAUUUACGAAAACACGAAUUACAAUUUCAUAAAGAUGAUAUUAAGCCUCAUCAGUGUAAUAUUUGUAGUAGAAGAUUUCUUGCACGACGCAGACUUGCUAUGCAUAUGGACACACAUAGGGAAAAUAGAACAAAAGAUCAUCAUUGCGAUAUCUGCAAAACUUCUUACUUCCAUAAGGAAUCAUUACGACAACAUAUAUUAUAUUGUCAUGAAGAUAAACCGUUUUCUUGUACAUCAUGUGGAAAAAGCUUUAAUUGGAAACGGGGACUGAAAAUCCAUACUUGUAAUUAUUUCAAAAAAUCAGUACGUUCAACUAAAAAAUAUGAAUGUGAUUUUUGUGGAAAAAUGUUUCAAGUACAACGCAGACUUGCUAUGCAUAUGGACACCCAUAGAGAAAAUAGAACAAAAGAUCACCAUUGCGUUGUCUGUGAAUCGUCUUUCUUCCAUAUGGAAUCAUUGCGAAAUCAUAUAUUCCAAAAUCAUGAAGUUAAUCUGUUUUCAUGUUCAUUAUGUAGAAAAACUUUCAAGUUGAAGAGAAAUUUGGAGUCUCACAUAUGUCGUUAUGUUCAAGAAUUAAAUGACAGCCAACAAUUUACUCAUUGCCAAGUUUGUGGAAAAAUAUUCAAAUAUGCCUUUAGACUUAAACACCACCAGAGAGUACAUUUGAAUUCUAAACAUUAUCAGUGCGAUAUUUGUGGUAAAGAAAUGAUGAAGCGGUCCCGUGUAGUUCGUCAUAUGAACACACAUAUUGAAAAAAAAAGAAGAGAUCAUCAUUGUGAUAUCUGCAAAACUUCUUACUUUGAUAAACAUUCAUUGCGAAAACAUAUAUUACAUUGUCAUGAAGAUAAACCGUUUUCAUGUACAUCAUGUGGAAAAAGUUACAAAUUGGAACAAAAUCUUAAAUAUCAUAUAUGCAAUUCUGUCAAAAAAUCAUAUAAAAGUCAACAUGGUUUGACAAACAAACAAGAUCAGAGGAGUUUUCCGUGUGACAUCUGCGGGAAAAUAUUCCAAAAAGGUUUUCAACUCAGGGAACAUCAUAGAAAAGUGCAUUUGAAAAUUAAAACGAACCAUUGCAAAAUUUGUGAUAAAAGUUUUAAUGCUCGACAUUUUGUUAAGCACAUGGAAACACAUAGAGAAAACAGAACAAGAGAUCAUCAUUGCCAUGUCUGUGAGAAUUCUUAUUUUGAUAAAGAUGGAUUAAGAAGCCAUUUAAAAAAUUGUCAUGAAAAUUUUGAAAAACCUUAUGAGUGCGAUUUUUGUGGUAAAAAAUUCAAUAAACGACACGAAGUGGCAUCACAUGUGGAACUCCAUAGAAAAUAUAGAACAAGAGAUUUUAAUUGCGAUAUCUGCAAAACCUCUUAUUUUAAUAAGGGAUUAUUACAAAAUCAUAGAUUAUACUAUCAUGGAAAAGGAUUCUCGUGUACAUUGUGUGGGAGAACUUUCAAAAUGAAGCGAUCACUUAAAUUUCAUUCUUGUAGUUAUUUCAAGGAAUUAAAUAAAAGAAAGUAUGUGGAUUCAAAAAAAAUUAAUCUUCAAGGCCAGACAAUCUCCCAAUAUACUCCAUGUGAAAUCUGCGGAAGAACAUUCAAGCAUGUUUCAAGGUUCAAGCAACAUAUGAAAGGGCAUUCGAAUAAAAAUAAAAAUAAAAAACCUUAUGAUUGCGACAUUUGUGAUAAAAAAUUUUUUUGUCGAUCUAAAAUUAUUUUUCACAUGGAGACUCAUAGAGAAAUUAGAGAGAAGGAUUAUCAAUGCCAUAUUUGUAAAAACUCUUACUUCCAUAAGAGAUCAUUACAACACCAUAUGUUUCGAGUCCAUGAAGAAAAAAAGUUUCCAUGCGAUUGUGGAAAAAUUUUCAAGUCGGAACGAAAUCUAGAAUCUCAUACUUGUCGUUAUUUCAAAUUGAUGAAAACAAACGAACUCCCGUAUUGA